GGGCUGCGGGCGGCACUUCCGGCGGGGCGGCGCGGGCCGGCGGGCGGCACUUCCGGCGGCGAUGCGGGUGAAGGUGCGGAGCUGGAGCGGCGUCGCCUCGUGGCUGUGGGUGGCGAACGACGAAAACUGCGGCAUUUGCCGCAUGGCUUUCAACGGCUGCUGCCCCGACUGCAAAGUGCCCGGGGACGACUGCCCGCUGGUGUGGGGACAGUGCUCGCACUGCUUCCACAUGCACUGCAUCCUCAAGUGGCUGCACUCGCAGCAGGUGCAGCAGCACUGCCCCAUGUGCCGCCAGGAGUGGAAGUUCAAGGAGUGAUCCCCGCCGCCCCCGUCCACCG